AUGGAGAGGGACAGCGGCGACGUUGCCAUGCCGGACGUGAUUGUGCCUCGACCGCCACCGUCCGGGAGCGCGCAAGGUGAGCAGCCGGUGGACCUGCCGGUGCCGCCAACUGGAAACGAGGUGGUGAUGGGCCCGACUCCUGAGGUCAGCACACCGACGCGCCGCCGACUUGCAAAGGCGGCUUCGGCGCCACACCCGCUGGAGACCGGCGCCGCAAGCUCCUCGAUCCCGGACACCGAGGCGACCAGCGCCGCGCCCACUGGGUGGGUGCGAGGUGGUGGGACGGGCCCUCUGAACAAGGCGAUCCUGGAUAUUCAAGCCAAACUCCACGCCAAAGCCGACGCUAUCAAGCACUGCAACAAGGCGUAUCUGGAAUCGCGAGAGGCCAUCCGGGAUUAUCAUAACCUUCGUGCUGCCGCCUUCAACUCCAAGGUCCAGGAGUUGGAUCAACGUGCUGUCGACUUGUCGGAGAGCCAGAUCCCCUCCCCUGAAAUUUCGGGCAAAACCACCCCUAACCCUAGCCGCCGGACACGUCCACCGCCGCCCCUCGCCCAAUCGCCCGCUGCCACGUGGUGCCCGUACGCCGCGCCGCCGCCGGCCCGCGAGCCCGCGUCUGGCCCGCGGAGCCCGACCGCGCCCGAGGCUGCCCCGCCGCCCUUCCGCGCCUCGCCUCCUCGGCCCGCCUCGGCCCGCGCCGCUAGUUCCGGCGCCGCCCGCCGCCGUCGCCGCCUCCCGGCCGCGCCGCCGACCGCCCCGAAUCCGGCGCCCGGCGAGCUCCUCCGCCCGCGCCGCUCUGAUCCGGCGCCCGAGCUCCCCCGAGCGCGCCUCCUCUCCCCCGGCCGCGUCCCCCUCUCCCCCGACUCCGGCGACCAGUGCCGCCUCUUCUCCGGCGAGCCCGAGCCGAGCCCGAACCCUAGAUCGGUCGAGGAUGUUGAUGCUGCUACCGCCAUCUAUCAAAACUCGGGAAAAGCAAGCAGCUCGCCUAUCUGUGGCAAAGGUGGCAUCCAGAACCAGGGCGUAAGAGCCGGGAUUGGGCAUUACUUCGGGUGGUCAGCUCUGCUCUAG